UUACUUGGAUCAACCCGGCGUCGUUAGACAGCGAAACACGAUCGUCCACAUAACCAACUCAAAUUAGUUUUCCAUCUGGCACCACCUUAACGCCUGCCUCACGCGAUUCCGCAGGGGAACACUCCAUGAUGGAUUUCACGAUGAAGUAAACAACCUUGGGUCACCUGGACAACCCUGAUGAACACGACCUAUUGUUGGACACAAUGUUGACUUCCACAUCUAUUAGGACCGUUGGACAGUUCAUUCGAAUUAUAGGCCUUCUCUCCUUUUUACUAUUUAUUUCGGAUUCUGCGGUCGAUGUACCCGAGCUUACAGCAGAUAAUUUCGCAACAAGAAUUAAGGAAUAUGAAUUCGUUCUAGUCAUGUUCUACGCUCCGUGGUGUGGGCACUGCAAAAAGCUUAAACCCGACUUUGAAUCGGCGUACAAAGAAAUUACAGAAUCAAGACAAAAUGUUCUACUUGCUAAAGUCGACUGCACUGUACAUAACUCACUUUGUUCGGACCAUGGCGUCACAGGUUAUCCUACCCUAAAAUUUUUCUCCAAUGGCGUUCUUUCUGGAAGUUACGAAGGCGAGAGAAACAAAGCCGCUAUCGUGAAAUAUGUUCUCAAGAGAUCCAAAAAAUCUGCUUUGUUGAGUUCUUCCGCGGAACUGCAGCAACUUUUACAAAGCUCCGACUCUCUCGAACAACCCACCUUGGUAUCAUAUGUGGCGUCCACAGAUGACCCGGCAUUCGAUGUGCACCGGAAGCUUGUAUCUGAGAUGGUUGAAGACUGCGUUUUUGCUUACACUCACGAUUCCUCCGUUCUGGGUCUACCCGACAAAAAAAGUGCCAUGCUUUUGUUCAGGCCCGGUAAUUUUAAGUAUGUUUUGGAAAGUGCCAAAGUACAGUAUAGCGGAGAAUACUCCUCCUCUAAAAUAAAGGAUUGGAUACUAGAAUCUGGGCAAGGGCUCGUUGGUUAUCGUACUGCGCAUAAUCUGAACUACUUCCCUAAGAAUAAUCUGCUUGUGUUUUACCACAAUGCUUCAGUCGGAAACUAUCCCACAGGAGUCAAUUACUACCGCAACCGUUUAAUUAAGACAAUUAUCGAUCACGGGCUCACCGCUUCCGGUCUAACUUUCGCAUAUAGUUAUAACGGCGACUUUUAUCACGAACUCACGGACUUACGUCAUGAUACCAGUCAAGACUUUCCUUUUAUUGCAAUCUUCUCUGGUGAUCUCAAAUAUAAGCUGGAUGUGUACAGUCGUGAUGCCUUCAUUGAAUUCGUAGAAAAGUUCCAGAAUAAAUCCCUCACUCCGUUUAUUGUAUCGGAGGAAGUUCCUACAAAGCAGGAAGGUGCAGUCGCCAAGGUUGUCGCUUUGAACUUCGAUACGAUCGUAAAUGACCCCGAGAAGGACGUUUUCAUCAUGUUUCAUGCUCCUUGGUGUGGCCAUUGCAAGCAGCUGAUGCCCAAGUUUGUGGCUGCUGCUGAGCGACUAUCGAAUGAACCAGGCAUUUUAUUCGCCACCUUUGACGCAACGGCAAAUGACGUGCCAAAACCAUACGUCAUCAAUGGUUAUCCAACUCUCUAUUUCUCACCGAAGAGUGCAAAAUCAUCACCUUAUCUCUAUGAGGGCACCCGAGAAACAGAUCCUCUGGUCGAAUAUGUGGCUAAGGUGGCUACAGAAGAACUCCGAGGAUAUAAUCGGGAUGGUAAAGCGAAAAAGACGGAAUUGUAGUUGCAAUCAAUGUAGGACUUCAUAUCCACGUUUCAUGUAUCAUUAACUGGACAAAGUACCUUCCACUGUACUGGUUUACGAUGGUUGUUUUGAAUAUCAUUUUCUUGUUUGUGUUGUUGCACAAUCUUCGUGACAACUCGCUGUGAUCAUGUUAUCGCAUCACCUUCUGUACUGCAAUGCCGUGCAUCUGCGCAAAUUUAACACUUUCCGUUGGUAACUGCAUCUCUCUGAACCACGCAUACUCCGAGAUUCUCAAAUGACAUACUGCCUAUUGUAUGUCUCCUCCUAGGAUGACCAAUGUGACGACGUCCAGCGAGGAUUUUCUCGCCGAAAUCCACUCCUCACCAAGGCAAGACGAAGUGGACAGUGACUGCGCUAGGCUUAAUCGGUGCCCGAUUCAAAUGAUUACUAUGUGCCACUCUCCGCAUUCUAAU